UUAACAUCGGCCACGCGAUUCACAUUGACUUUUGAAGUAAGUUUGGGAUAAUAGAGUAUCAAAAUUAAAAGAGCUCGGUUCAUUUUCAUCAAUUUUUCACCGUUCUGCUUGAAGGCCACUAGAACACGAAUGGGCUCACCGUGCGUAAACAAGAGACCAUAGAGCGAAAAUCACUCGUGGCCUCAUGAGUUAGCUUCAGAGGAAAGAUGGUAUUUAUGGACGUUCCCGCCAUUCUCAUGCUGUUGGCUGUAAGUGCUCAGCUGUUGGGAACUACAGAUUCGGUUGAACGAUGUAAGCGGUACCCAAACCCAACGCACGGGCGCGUGGUUUGUGACAGCUUGUUUCGUUUGUUUUGUGCUCCCGAGUGCGAUGAUGGUUUUGUGUUUGAGUCAAAGCCUGCAGUGGUGUACAUGUGUGGACCUCUCACCGGAGAGUGGUUCACUUAUCCCGAAGGACAAACUAUCCCCUGGCCUAAUUGUCUGAGAAGAAAAAGCCUAGAAAGUACAACAACAAAAGAUCUAACGGCCCGCAGAGCGCAGAUUGCUGCGAAAAUUCAUCAGACCUAUCAAGCGAUUUUACCAAACAAUCAGCAAAUGCAACUUGUGCAGACUGGUCAACAAAACGCCAGAUACAUUCAUCUAUUUGAUUACAUUCAGCGUGCCCAGCAGGUAUACAGUGAUAAACGAGCUCUUCCCACUCUGGGACUUAAAGCCCUAGAAGUACAAAAACAGCAGCAGCUAAAAGUACAACAGCAACAAAGACAAAAGCAGCUAGCACGAUUCGAACAGCUGAGCCAAAAACAGAAGGACAUGCAGCCACAGUUGUCGAGCAAACGAUUUUUUACGCCGAUGCAAGAAUUAAGAAACCGCUUGGAUCAAAGCUCUCCCCAAGAAAUGGUGGACAAACAACGCCAACAGCGAGAAGCGUUCGAGUUAUUGGAUACAAAUAAUUAUAACGUGCAAGGUAUGAGUGCGGAGAGAAUUUCUACGAAUCAAAAUUUACAAGGAAGUUUUCAACCGAGGACUGUUCUUGGGUCCAAGACUGUGCCACCAAUACGUGGUACCUCGGUAAGCGUUCUUUAUCCAAAAACUCCUCAACAAUUUUACCCAAGACCCAGUAUUGACAGAAAAAUUCCGACAAGUUCCAAAGUAACUACCUUGGCAGCUUCAGAGCUAAACCAGCAGCAAAUCAAUCCAAUAUUGGAAACAUAUUCACCUAAGGGUCUUACCUAUACUACGCUGAUAUCAUCAGCGGUUGACAGAGAGGUUUUGGACAGAAGUCGAGCGACAGCUACUGAAAUCAUGCCACGUUUGGCCUCAUGGCAAGCUGCCUUGUCUCCUCCAUCGCAACGGUCAGAAUUUCAAAAAAAAUCAAAAGCCUUAGACCAAAAUCUCAAACAUCUGACUUUGCAACCGCUUAAAGAUAAUCAGAAAAACGUUCAUUCACCAUUUUCCAACGAAAUCACAUCCCUUGGAGUUAACACGAAACGUCUCAGCCAAUCACAAAACAGAAUUCAAGAGCAAGUGGAAAGCCCCGUAGCUGCUCCUCUUAGCAAUUCAGGAUUUAGCAAAGUAUCAUCAAUACGGAAUCAAAAUGUCCAAGACGUCAAUCUCCAGCCUGUUAAAGUAAACGGCGAAAAAGCCGAUUCCUCCAUUAUUAAUGAAACAAAGUCUCUCGGAAUUAAUGCGAAUACUAUCAACCAAUCACAAGACAGAGUCCUGUCACUUACAAGAAGCCCAUCAUAUGCUUCCUCAAGGAAGGGAUCCAAUCUACAGUCUUUGCAAAAAACUGAGGGUCCACUUCAGCAGUUCUCAGUUAAACCAGCUACUUUAACUUUACAAGCAAAAAAUAGGAGCACGUUGGGUAUGCAAUUAAGACUUCCGUUAAACAUAACGUCACCAUUAGCAAAACAAGGAUACUUGAAGGAUGCAGUAAAAGGUCAUCCGCAUGCAAAAUCCGCAAAAAAAGAAAAGUUGUUUUAUUUUCCAAUCAAAAGAGACACUUUAAUAAGUUUGUUACCUAUGCAUCUUCAAGCGAAAUACAGAUCUCUUCGUGAUACCAGAAAUGAAAACUCAACGCAAAUAGUAUCCCUCAGCAAAAGUAGUGAAAACUCAACAGUAAGAAUGGAAGACAUAAAAUCGCCAAAUAUUUCACUAAAAAAUGGUUUCCAUAUUUCACAAUAUAAAUACUCUGUUGAACAAAUCAAAACAGGAAAUGACAGUAUAACUGAAUAUUUUUAUUUACCCUCGAAAAUGACGGCAAAAAUAGCCAAAGCCUCUAGCGUCAACAGUUCCGUAAACGACCACUACUCCCUCAAGAAAGAUUCAGUUGGAUCAGAGGACGGGACCGACUAGCUGAUUCGCAACAAGAUAAAAAGAUACGUAUACCUCUGUUACAUCUACCUUUUC